CGGGCACGCCCAGGACCAAAUCGGCUCUUCCCAUAUCGACCGCCGCCUAUAAAAAAAUCAUACACGAGUUGCACUCGUCCUGGUUUUUAUCUCAGGCCUUUCUCUCAAUUCCACUCGAUACCAGCGUCUGAAAAUGGGUUCAACAGAUCCUUCAGACCCUAUCGCCGCCCCGGACGCAUGUUCUGCGGAUUUCGAGGGCGAUUAUUCGCUUACGCUACAUGUUGCUGCAGUCUUUAUUCUCAUGGGAGUGUCUUUCACUGGCACCGUGCUGCCGAUCAUCGGCAAGAAAUACUGCAACAUGAAUUUCGGAGACCUUCCCUUCCAAUCUCUCAAACUCUUUGGGGCGGGUGUCAUCCUUGCCACCGCGCUAGUUCACAUGUAUAGUCCGGCACAAUCUACGCUCACCAGCCCUUGCCUUCCGCAAGUAUUCCAAGAUUACGGUUCGUGGGCGGGCGUCAUUGCCCUUGUGGGCAUGUUCUUCACCCACCUUGUUCAAGUUGUCGGCAUCAGCAUUCUCCGUCGUCGCCACAUGUUGCCUUCCCUCCCGACGUCAGAUGACUCGAAGCCCCGUCCUACAUCCACCAGAAGCGGUCUCGAAACAUCCAUCCCCGGCGGUCAAGGAGAUAUGGACAUUGAAGUGCACAGCAUCCACUCCCACUCGCCUGCCCACGCCGACCGAGCCCAUUUCCACAGUUUCGUUCUCGCCGAUGCCGAAAAGACCCUCACCACGCACAUCCUGGAAGCUGGCAUCGCUUCCCACUCCAUCAUCGUUGGAUUGACCCUCGGCGUCGCGCGUGCUGAGUUUGGCUCGGUGUUGGUGGCCCUUUGCUUCCAUCAGCUCUUCGAAGGGCUCGCUCUAUCCACUGUUGUUAUGGAUGCCAACUUCGAAAAGCGCGCGAUGGCGUUUGGAAUGGUGACGUUCUACUCAUUGACUACUCCCGUCGGCAUUGCCCUCGGGAUCGGGCUACGUGAAACCUUCAAUGACAGCGCUACGAGUACCUUGAUUGUUAUUGGCGUACUGGACUCGCUGUCUGCGGGCAUCUUGCUGUACGACGGGCUGGUUAACAUCGUUGUGCCGCAUUUCGCAUCGGAGAGGUUCAAAAUGGGCUCUGCUAAGCAGUCGCUUGUUCAGUUUCUUGUCAUGUGGCUUGGUGCGGGUGUGAUGGCUUUGAUUGGGCGAUGGGCUUAGAUAUAGAGCACUGCAAAUGUAGAUGUUCAUUUGUAUCAUUGUUGUAUGUACUCAGAAUGAUGUAGCGCUCGCGCCAGGAAAGAGUUGUAAACACGUCGUAUUGAUUCGGUGAUCGGGGAUGUUGCCACCAAUAAGC